AUGGAAAACGAACGUUUACGCAUAACUUUGGAUAAUCCCGAUAAAGUUUAUAUAGCUGGUCAAACCAUCAAGGGAGAGAUAUGGUUAAAUCUAACCAAACGUACCAAAAUCAGAGCCAUCAAGGUCCAAAUAACUGGCAAAGGCAAAUGUAAAUGGAUGGAAAUUUUACGUAAAAAUUCCAAUUCAAAUAAUGAAUCGACACGCAGCCUAUUCUAUUCGAGCAAAGAAAUCUAUGCCCACAAUGAAAUUCCUUUGUCGGUAUUUGAACCGCGUGGCAUUGAACUGAGUCCUGGUGAACAUACCUUUGAUUUCUCAAUGCCAUUGGAAUGGAAUUUACCAUCAAGUUUUAAAGGUAGCCAUGGAUCCAUUAAAUAUAAAUUACGUAUCCUAAUACAACGACCAUGGUCAUUCGAUGAACGUCACUCUAUACCCGUAACGGUAAUGAAAAAUAUGCCUCUACCACCAAUGUAUCGUUUGAAUCCGACACCAUUAGAGAAACAAAUUACCAAAACGAUAAGUCUAUUUGGUUCGCGGCCCAUUACAAUGUUAGCUUUGCUGCCGGAAGAUUUUGCCGUGCGUGGAGAACCGUUACGGAUAUGUGUUACCGUUACCAAUAACAGCGGAACAAACGUGGAAAAGUUACGCUUUUGUGUUCUCCAAUAUAUUUGCUAUUAUAGCCAUUUGCCGCUGAGGGUCCAGAAAGUGGAAAUUAUCCCGGUGGCAAAUAAAGAAACCGGUUCGGUACACAAGAAAAGUGAACGUUCAUUUGCCCAUGAAUUGUUAAUACCUGAAACGGUACAACCCAGCGACGAUGAACUUUCGGGUGUCAUCAACAUUUCCUAUGAACUGAGAGUGGAGGCUGUGUUGAGGGGCUUCUUUAAAAAUCUUGUCUUAAAUAUGCCUUUUAAAAUGUACAGCAAUGAGACUGAAGCUUCGGUCAGAAGACCACCACUGCAACCACCACCAGAGGGAGGUGGUGGUGCUGGUGUUGCAGUGAUGUCAAAUAUGGGUGCUGGUAAUCCUUUUGAAACUUCCACAAUGACCAUGUAUCCGCCAUUGGAUAAUUCCAUUGGUUCACCAUCACACUCGUCGCAGUAUAGCAGUGAAUCGAGUUCACUGCAUUCCACAACAUCGGAUUCAUCGGCCGCCACUCUAAGUCCAGCUGUGGGUGGUACUGCCCUCUCUUACACCUCGGGAUCGUCAUCGCAAUUCAAUAGCCCUCUCAAUCGGGCUAGUAUACGUAGCAAUAGCAAUGUACCAUAUAUGCCUUAUUCGAGUAGUCCAUUGAUGAUUAGUUCAUAUCCACCGCCAGCCGCACAUAUGCCACCAUAUCCAUUGUCCGAUUCACCACAAUAUAGUUUAAUGCCGCAUGUUAAUCAGCUGACGCCAAGUGCAACGCCAACACCACCACCACAGCAGCAACCGGCGACAACAACUCAGAUUAGUGCACAUUAUGCAUCGGUGUCGUCGUCCACGUAUAUGGCAAUGCGGCCACCACCGGGGGCCCAUGAAUUGCCUCCUUCCUAUGAAGAACUUUUUGGCAAUGCCACAGCUCCGCCCGAGACACCAAAAUGA